UUAUUUUGUUUGGCAUCACAAUUUUCUUUCUAUAACCGAUUUUCCAUUCGCUUUCCUCUCUUCCAAACAGCUUUCUAAUAAGAGCGAGAGAGAGAGAGAGGCGGAGAGAGAUCAGCCUUAUCUGACUUUGAGGGUUAGCAGUUUGUCUCGACGCCUGCCUAAUUCGAAAUCAUAAUCAUCUGAUCAGGUCUAAGCAUUCUGGUUGCAAGGCCCUAUUAGUACCAAGGUUCAUGUCUGAGCUCGACGUCCAAAUUCCCACUGCCUUUGAUCCGUUUGCUGAGGCAAAUGCUGAGGAUUCAGGUGCUGGAACAAAAGAGUAUGUGCACAUUCGGAUACAGCAACGAAAUGGUAGGAAAAGCCUGACAACCGUGCAGGGACUGAAAAAGGAAUUUAGCUACAACAAAAUACUCAAAGACCUUAAGAAGGAAUUUUGCUGCAAUGGUACAGUUGUCCAGGACCCAGAGCAAGGGCAGGUCAUUCAACUUCAAGGUGAUCAAAGAAAGAAUGUAUCUAGUUUCCUAGUCCAGGCUGGCAUUGUGAAGAAGGACAAUAUCAAAAUUCAUGGUUUCUGAGCUGCAGCAUUUAAAUCUCUGCACAAUACCAUCUACCGGUGGAGAUCUAGUUAUCUGAAUGUUAUAUCACCUAAGUUUGCUAUGUGCACUGUAUUUUAGGAGUGUUAUAAUUUUCAAGAAAUUGUGUGAUGUGUCGUCACUAUGGAAUGUUUGACAAAUUCUGUCUUUAAUGGUUCUUAUGUUGGUAUUGAAUUUGAAAAUAUAUUAAAGUUCGUUUCUCCAUUUGAAGA